CCCGCUACCACACACUCUCAGAAGCUCCACAGCCUUCAAUCUCAUCGACCCAAUUCAUCUCACCACCCCAAUUCAAAUUUCCGAUCUUGACACCCAAAAAAUCGAAACCAAAAUGUUACACGGCGGAGCCGCCGUGGCAAAAACCCCGCCGCUCUUCUCCUUCUUCAUCAAAAUCCCACUCCCCUUACUCUCCCGCACUGCCCGCCGCGUUUUCCGGCCAACUCCCCACUACCCAAAACCCCAACUGACCCCAAUCCCAGCCCACACUUUCUCCAUGACCCAAAGACUCCACCUUUGCACCAUGGCCCUCCCCAAAAACCGGCCGCCGUCACCGGCAGCGCCGCCGAUGUCCAACAAGGCCCGGAGGAGAGCGCGGCGGGAGUCUCCGGAGGCGGUGCUGAAACACAAGCUGGACAUGUGUUCCCGCGACGGCCUAGUCGUGGAGGCUCUGCGGCUCUACGACGAGGCCAGGGCCAAUGGGGUCGCUCUCAGUCUUCAUCAUUACAAUGUGAUGCUCUACAUGUGCUCCUGCGACGGUGAGGAUGCUGACGUGGGGCUGACGAGAGGGUUUGAGAUAUUCCGGCAGAUGGUGGAGGAUGAGGUGGUGCCAAAUGAGGCUACUUUCACCAAUGCGGCGAGGCUGUCGGCGGUGGCGGAGGAUCCGGAGAUGGCGUUUAGUAUGGUGAAGCAGAUGAAGGUGUUUGGGAUACUGCCGAAGCUGAGGUCGUAUGGUCCUGCAUUGUUUGGGUUUUGUAAGAAGGGGGAGGCGGAGAGGGCGUAUGAGGUUGAUGCACACAUGGUGGAGUGUGGGGUAGCGGCGGAGGAGACGGAGAUUGCGGCAUUGUUGAGAAUUAGCUCAGAGGUGGGGAAGGGGGAGAAGGUUUAUGAGAUGAUGCAGAGGUUGAGGAGUGGGGUGAGGCAGGUUGGGGAGAGUACUGCUGAGGUGGUGGAGGAGUGGUUUAAGUCUGAAGCGGCUGCGAGAGUUGGGGUGGAGGGGUGGGAUGUGAAGAAGGUGAGGGAAGGGGUGGCGAGAGGAGGUGGAGGGUGGCAUGGGGAAGGGUGGUUAGGGAGUGGGGAAUGGAAGGUGGAGAGGACUCAGAUGGAUGAAGCAGGGACGUGCUCUGCUUGUGGACAGAAGCUUGUGUGUAUUGAUAUUGAUCCGAAGGAGACUGAGGACUUUGCUUUGUCUGUGAGCAAGCUGGCUAACCAAAGGGAGCUCAGGGCCGAUUUUGUUCAGUUCCAGGAGUGGCUUCAGCGACAUGGUCCAUUCGAUGCUAUAAUAGACGGUGCCAAUGUGGGUCUCAGCAAUCAACAUCAGUUCAGCUUUUUUCAGCUGAAUAAUGUUGUAAAUCAAUUACAACAAAUGAGCCCAGCAAAGAGAUUGCCACUUGUUAUAUUGCACCAAAGUCGUACAAAUGGUGGCCCUGCUCAGAUUCCUAAAAACAAGGCAUUGCUAGAGAGUUGGAAAAAGUCCCGUGCACUUUAUGCUACUCCACCCGGUUCAAAUGAUGAUUGGUACUGGUUGUAUGCUGCCGUCAGUUGUAAGGGUUUACUGGUGACAAAUGAUGAGAUGAGAGACCACCUGUUCCAACUUCUCGGUACCAACUUUUUCCCAAGAUGGAAGGAAAAACACCAGGUUCGGUUGUCUGUCUCAAGGCUUGGACUUAGCCUUCACAUGCCGCCUCCUUACUCAAUUGUAAUCCAGGAGUCGGAGGACGGGUGUUGGCAUGUCCCAACGACCACCGGUGAUGACAUUGAGACCCCAAGGCAGUGGUUGUGUGCCUCCAGAGCCCGCCAUACAAACUAGAGGGAGUCAUUAUUUAAAGAGAAAAAUUCUUCAAUCAUUUGUUUCUAAAUACUGUAGUCAUUUAUGAUUUUGUAACGAUGAUUGUGGAUUCAAUAA